AUGGAUAGAAACACAUUCGGUCGACUAUGUCGUUUAUUGAAGGACCACUGCGGUCUUGUGGCUAAAAAGUUUGUCACCGUUGAAGAACAAGUAGCGAUGUUCUUAGCUGUAUUGUCUCACCAUCAGAAAACUCGGGUGGUUGGUUUCAGCUUCACUCGGUCAUCACAGACCGUUUCUCGCUACAUGCACGUUGUUUUAUAUGCUGUACUAAAGCUCCAUGAGGUUUUGCUGGUGAAACCUGAACCCGUUGAUGAAAAUUGCACCGACGCACGAUCUUCCACGAUAUCUGCAGAGGACUCGAGAAUUUUGAGAGAUGCACUUAGUUGGCCACAUGGUCUCAAAGUACCAAAAGGUCAAUACUAUUUGUGCGACAAUGGGUACGCGAAUAGUGAUGGCUUUAUGACGCCUUACAAAGGAGUGAGAUACCAUUUGAAAGAAUGGGGCCCCGCUUGUGAAGCCCCUCAGACACCCGCGGAAUUGUUCAACAUGCGCCAUACCAAAGCGAGGAACAUCAUUGGGCGAGCCUUUGCUGUGAUGAAAAUGCGUUGGGGAAUUCUACGCAGUGCAAGCUUUUAUCCGAUAGAUGUGCAAACAAGCCUUAUCAUUGCUUGUUUUUUGCUCCACAAUUUCAUAUGUGGGCAAAUGGAGGUGGAUCCUCUUGAGGUGCAGAUUGAUAGUCAAAGAGAUGAUGGGAGUCAAUCUGAUGCUGAUGAUGAUGGAGUGGCUUUCAUAUAG